CCGCCCAGCUGCAACCGCCGCCGCCCACGUGGAGAAGACCGAGCGAGUUUCCCGACACUACCACGCGCGUGUGUGUUGGUGUGUGUGUUGGUGUGUGUUGGCGUGUUGGUGUGUGUGUGCGCGUGGUCGAGAGAUCGCGUAGAAGACUGCCGAGCGAGCACCAUGACGGCUCCUUCUGCCCCCGUGGACGCGCGGCUGCUGCAGGUGGCGGGGCUGAGCGAGGCCAAGGCGCUGGAGACGCUCAAGAACGCGCCGCUCGCGGCCGCCCUGGGCCUCGCCGUGCGGCAGGCUCAGGAGGCGUCUGCAGACGGCGCAGUGGACCGCGCCAUGGGGACGCUGCUGUACGGCGCAGCGAGCCGCGGCCGCGACCUGCGGCGCUUCCCCACCCUGGCCACCUACAUCGGGUCCCGCCGCAUCGCCUCCGAGAUCCAACUCGGAGCGGCGCUGGAGUACCUCAAGAGCCACCCGCUGGAGCCGCUUGCCGUGGAGGAGUUUGAGAGGGCGUGCGGCGUGGGCAUUGUGGUGACGCCGGAGCAGAUCGAGGAGACCGUAGAGGGAGUCAUCAAAAAGUACAAGUCACAGCUGCUGGAGGAGCGAUACCACUUCAACAUGGGCCUCAUCAUGGCCGAGACGCGGGGCCUCUUGAAAUGGGCCGACGGCAAGAUUUUGAAAAACGAGGUGGACGUGCAGGUCCUCAAUAUGCUUGGUCCCAAGACGGAGAGUGACCGCGAGAAGAAGCAGAAGCCACAGAAGCCGAAGGCCGAGAAGGAGGCGCCGGCAGGGAGCGUCUCCGCUCCCACCGUGAACGGUGAGGCUCCCGUGCAGUGCCUUUCUCUGAUGGAGCAGCUGCGUGGGGCUUCCCUCAACUUCCACAAGCCCGGUGAGAACUACAAGACAGAGGGCUACGUGGUGACGCCACACACCACGCGAAUACUGCAGGAGCACCUGGCAAGGACCGGGGGACAGGUGCGCACACGCUUUCCUCCCGAACCCAACGGCAUCCUGCACAUCGGCCACGCCAAGGCCAUCAACUUCAAUUUCGGCUUCGCCAAGGCGAACGGAGGGAUCUGCUUCCUGCGUUACGACGACACGAACCCCGAGAAGGAGGAGGAGAAAUACUUCCGUGGGAUCCGAGACAUGGUGGAGUGGCUCGGGUACAUCCCCUACGCGGUGACCCACGCCUCCGACCACUUCCAGCAGCUCUACGUCUGGGCCGUGGAGCUCAUCAAGAGGGGCCACGCGUACAUCUGCCACCAGAAGUCGGAGGAGCUGAAGGGAUACAGCGUCGUUGCGUCUCCGUGGAGGGACCGCCCCGUCGCCGAAUCUCUGCGUCUCUUCGAGGACAUGCGCAAGGGGAAGUUUGCGGAGGGGGAGGUGACGCUGAGGAUGAAGCUGGUGAUGGAGGACGGCAAGAUGGACCCCGUGGCGUACCGCAUCAAAUACACGCCGCACCACCGCACCGGGGACACGUGGUGCAUCUACCCCACGUACGACUACACGCACUGCCUGUGUGACUCCAUCGAGGACAUCACCCACUCGCUCUGCACCAAGGAGUUCCAGACCAGGCGCUCCUCCUACUUUUGGCUGUGCAACGCGCUGGACCUGUACUGCCCCGUGCAGUGGGAGUACGGGCGCCUGAACCUGCAUUACACCGUCGUUUCCAAGCGCAAGAUCGUGCGCCUCAUUGAGGAGAAGAUCUGCAGGGACUGGGACGACCCCCGGCUCUUCACGCUCACCGCGUUGCGGCGCCGUGGCUUCCCCGCUGAGGCCAUCAACAACUUCUGUGCCAAGGUUGGGGUGACCGGUGCCCAGACGGUGAUCGAGCCACACCUGCUGGAGGCGUGCGUGCGUGACGUGCUCAACGAGACGGCGCCCCGAGCCAUGGCCGUGCUUGAGCCGCUCCGGGUGGUCAUCACCAACUUCCCGCAGAGCGCCCCGUCCAGCGUCUCGGUGCCAAACUUCCCGACGGGUGAGAGCCGCGGCUCCCACUCGGUGCCGCUCGGAGCGACGCUCUACAUUGAGCAGUCGGACUUCCGCGAGGUCCCGGCGGUCGGUUACCGCCGCCUGGCCCCGUCGCAGCCCGUGGGCCUGCGUCACGCGGGCCUCAUCAUCUCCCUGCAGGACGUGGUCAAGGACGCCGGCGGGCGCGUCGUGGAGCUGCGGGUGACGUGCGCGCCUGCCGACGCGGCCGUCAAGCCCAAGGCGUUCGUCCACUGGGUGGCGCAGCCCCUGCCGUGCGAAGUUCGCCUCUACGAGCGGCUAUUCUUGCACAAGAACCCAGAGGACCCGGCUGAGGUACCAGGGGGAUUCCUCAAGGACAUCAACCCCGAGUCGAUUCGCGUGCUGGAAGGCGCCAUGGUGGACAGCUCGGUGCAGGGCGCCGCUCCCUUCUCCAAGUUCCAAUUCGAGCGCGUCGGCUACUUCUCCGUGGACCCCGACUCGACGGCCCACAAGAUGGUGUUCAACCGCACGGUGACGCUGAAGGAGGAUCCUGGCAAGAUGUGAGGCCUAGCGAGGGGUGACCACUGCCUGUGCAGGACAGCCGCGAGUCCCUGGGGAAUCCUUUAGCGAGGGUCCUGCCCUUGGGGUAGGCUGCUCCUGCUGGGCUCACGGGGACUCUCACACUCCACCCAAUGCCUUUGUUUGUAUUGACUGCAUUCGGUUCAAUAAACGAAUGUGUAAAUGAGA